AUGGCUUCGGAAUACGCCUCCCAAUGGAUAAUGGGGAUGGGGCGUGAAAUUGAGGACCAGAUGAAGCUCGAAACGUGGACCAAGGUGGCCAGAAAGAUGGUUGAAGAAGCCGGCCACUUCAUAAUCCCGUUGCGAUGGGUAUAUGCAUAUAAACUGGAUGAGCAGGGCUACGUCACUCGCUUUAAAGCCCGACUUGUGGUCCGUGGAGACCAGCAGCCGGAAGACAACGAGGACACAUACGCGGCCACACUACGAGCAAGAACCUUCAGAGUGUUAAUGGCCCUCUGCUGUCUUGAAGACCUUGAAACAGAACAGUACGAUGUGAAAACAGCGUUUCUGUAUAAUAAGCUCAAGCAUGCCAUCUAUUGUCAGAUGCCACCAGGCUACCUUGAGCCUGGGCUAUGCUUGAAGCUUCUCAAGGGACUAUACGGGCUUCGAAUCGCUCCAAGGCUGUGGUUUGAGGAGCUCUGGCUUCUUCAAGAAGCUGGGCGCUCAACAACUCGUCGAAGAUGCCUGCGUGAUGACUUAUAA